AUGGACCUUCAACGGUACGAGAGCAAGACGGGCUGUUUCAUACAGAUACCGAACGUUGGGCGCGGCCAAUUGAAGUACGUUGGCGUGGUGGACAACAAGCCGGGCUACUACGCGGGUGUUGAUCUGCUGGCCAACAUCGGCAAGAACGACGGGACGUUCAAUGGAAAGCGGUACUUUGAGACAGAGUACCCGCACAGUGGGCUGUUCAUUCAGCUUGCGAAAGUCGCCUCUUUGAUAGAGAGGGCAACCUCGAGGAACAGUUCGAGAAGAGGCACUCUACCACCACAGCCACAGCCACAGCCACAAGCAUCGUUGAAUUAUCGGUCCAGUAGUAUGGACAGUACUGGGUCGACUGUCAUCAGACGACAAGUGAGCAAUGGCUUGGCGAAGAUUGAUAGUGAUGACAAUGCUGCUCGAACGCCAACACCGAUAAAGUCCUUGGGCACACCAUACCGGGGCGAUACUGAUAUAGACAUGGAACGCACACCAGUGGCAGUCGGGGCCACUACACAACACACGACGGAUGAACAAGGAAGAAGGUUGGCGGAGUACGAACGGCUGCUGAACGAGCAGCGGCAAGUACUAGAGGAGAUCCAGCCUGCGAUAGACGAGUACGAGAGACAGCUCCGGUUGCUCGAGGCGCAGAAGGUAGAAUUGACCGGUAAGUUGGCGGAGCAAGCGAGCGAUUUUAAGAAACAGUUGCAGUACUACGAGGUGGAGAACAAGCAACUGACCGAGGUGGUCAGCCAGCUCCAUGAAGAAUUGAAGGAGAGCGCGAAGCGCACAGAGCAGCAACAGCAACAACAACAAUCCGGUGGAGCAGACGUUGCGGCUCUGCAAAGAGAGGUAGAGUUUCUCACGCACUACAAAACGGACAUGGAGCACGCCCGGAUCAAAUGGGACAAGGAGCGCGACCAGUUAAAGAUGCACAACGAAUCGCUCUCAAAAGAGUACCAAGCGCUGAACAAAGAACUGCUGAGCGCAGCAACGCCAAGCAAAGACAGCAGCGAGGAAAUCGCAACCUUGAAGCAGCAGCUCGCGGAAGCACACCGCCGCGUCACUGAGCUCGAGACGCGGGCAGGGACAGGUGGCGGCGCCCCCAGCACGCUGCCAGUGUACGAGCCACCUACACGGGUCGACGCCGCCGCGGGCAGGAAGCUCUGGUGUGUCCUCUGUGAGAAGACCGGCCACGAGAGCAUCGACUGUCCGUUCCAGUACGAGGACAACGGCGCAGCCGACGCGGCCAGCGAGCCCGCACCAGCACAGUACUGA